GGAAACCAUCGACAGCGAACCUUCACCACACCCGCCUUUCGCAUCACACCUGACACCCGACGCGCAAUUGAGCUUGUCACUGCUUCAAUUGCUUCGACCAUGUCUUCCUCCAGACUGAUUCGACCCUUCGCCAGGGCUCUCCAGCGUCCGGCCCUCUUCGGUGCCUCCAGGAGCGUCGUCGCUCCUUUCACGCCGUCCUUCAAUGCUCAGCUUCAGACGAAGAAAAACACCAAUGGCCUCCCAGCCGACAAGAUGAGAAUCCUGCAGGCGGCCAUGCCCCAGCUCAUUCCCUUCUACUUCGUCAACGAGGUCACCACCGCCUUUAUCAUCAUGCCGACUCUCAUCUACAUUUUCUCCAAGUACUUGCUUCCCCAAAGAGUACGCACCAUGUGCGCCAGGCUGUUCAUCAGCAAGCUAUAGGCGCCAGGGGGGCUCAUGUGAAGGUGAAAAGGACGCGCACACUGUUUUCCUUUGUCCGACCUUGUAAAUACGAUGACAAAAGGAUAGAAAGAGCUGCUUACAAAGUCUGAAAUAUCAGAACCUUUUACCCACUCUGUGUCUCGGCACCAUGUUUGCAUGACUUCGCCAUCGCAAUAGUCUGUUUUCCCUAGAUAGCACCGAUACGUUCCUCUUACAAUAACGCCUAUGCGAAGAUGCCUCUAUAUCGUGGCGGAUAUCCAUUGUAACCCUCCAGCACGGUGCCGCCAAAAGGCGCCCAUCUCAUGUUGAACCACCGACCAUGCUCGCACCGAAAGUUUAGCGGCUGCUCGUAAUGAUCCGCGCCUCUGCGCGGCCACGUCGCAUCCCUCCAGACGACAUCGCCCGGGUUCCUCUGCCAUUUGACGUUCAGCAAUGUGUUGUCCGAUCUUCUGCGCCGACGAUUGUCACGCAGCCGACGAAAGCGAAAACAGAGAGAAAGGAGAAAAGGGAAAAAAAGGAAAAGAAAAAGAAAACAUUCAACGCCAACAGCGUACCUUGUUUCUGUAUUUCCUCUCUCGGAAAUCGUACGGCUUCCUGCGCUUCGCCCACGGCAGGUCCACGUGCGUGUUGAAGCCCGGAUCCUCGGGCGUGAAGUCGAGGUGCUUGUUGCGCCACUGGUUCCUGCUGGGCCGGUCGCCGAGCUUGGAG